AUGGAGCUUCUUCAGAGCCUGCUGCUGGCGUUGACUGGAGUUAUAGGGAUUCCUUUCCUGUCUCUUCUCUCCUGGGCGAUUUACUAUGAUCUUUCCAAGAGUGAAAUUCCACCUGGAUUUGACAGUCCAUUAAAGCUUCGAGGUCUUCACUGUCUUGCCAUAAUGGCAUUCACUGUGGUAAGUUGGGGACUGGAUGAGUCAUUAGUUGAGCCAGCAGGUCCUUCUUAUGUUCUUAUGGGAAAGGUGAUUAAGAAAUGUAUUAUUAUCAUUAUUAUUAUUAUUAGAUUUAAUAAUACGUAUCUGUUGGCACCAGGCAAAAAACAUUUCUAUAUCUUUUAAAGGUGUUAUUGGUUUGCUUUGUUCUUGUUUUCAUUAUGUAUUUUGGGUUUUUAUCUUAAUUUUUUUUGCUGUGAACCACCCUGAAAUCAUUUCAUAAAGGGCAGUAUAUUUAAUUAAUAAUAACAGUUUAUAUAUUUAGGUUAUUCAAAUACUGCUUAAUCCAACAUGCAUAAUGAAUUCACUUGAUGAUGAUGCUAUGAAGAUAUUAUCACAUUCAACAAGGGCUUCCUUUCAGCCUAUAGAAAGACACACAUAGAGAGAAAUAAAGUAUUCACACAAAGCCAUGUUUUCUUUACAACAUGGUUUCUUCAGCAAUAUGGUCUCUUAGGUUAGCAAGGAGAUUGUGGAUUGUUUCUCUAAAGCUUAGCUUGUUUCCCAGCUUCUUUUGCCUCUGUACUUUGGCGGGUGUUUAGGUUGGGGUGACCAAUUCUAAGCUGACCAAUUGAAAUUAAUCGACUUGGCUAACAUGUGCUCAUUCAUUUCCAUGGGUCUACUUUAAAUAGGACUUAUUUGGAUACCACUUGUGAAUAGGAUGCAAAUGUGGGCACUAUUUUCAUGAGACUUUUCCUUUGCCCAACAGGGGAAGUGUCUUGAGGUGCUGGGUGUCUGCAGACAGGUUGCUGUUAUCUGCUUCCUCAUGAAUUUCUGGAAUCCAAGAGCAGAUCCCAGCCUCUCUUCCAAAGAUCUGCAUUUCGACGGGGUGCCUGUGAGGGUUUAUCAGCCCAAAACACCAUCUGCUAGCCCAAGGAAAGGAUUUGUGUUCUUCCAUGGAGGUGCUGGGAUGACUGGAAGCAUCGGUAAGAGAUUAAAACUGUGAGCCUAUGAACACUUAUCUAGUGGCAAUUCCCAUUGAACUCAAUAAGCCCAUGUAGAAUCCUAGAAAUGGUGUGAAACCUCUAUUGUCAAACCUCCAGUCAAAGAGAGCCCGCCACCUCCCAAGGGAGGCGGUUCCCUGUCGAACAACUCUUACCAUCAGAAAGGUGUUCCUAAUGUUUAGUUGGAAUCUCCUUUCUGGGUAGAAGUGCUUCAGAUAUCAUUGGAAGAGAGGUUUACAGGGCUGAAAUACAAGAGUGUUGGUGGAAGUUCCUGAAGAGACAAGGGGCACACAUGUGCUUUGGAUUUGCUUAUGUUAAUUUAUAGACAUGGACCCUCUUGUUGUCAUGGCUUCCCAGAUCCUACAUCUCUAGUUGUCAGUGGUCAGGGAUCUGGGGAGCUGCACUCCAGCAAGCAGCCCCUGGGGGAGUGACAGAUGCCCCCCACUGCUGAUACUGACUCAUUCAUUUCCUAAAACACUUGAUUUCAUAGAACCUCAAAGAGGUUCACAAACAUGUAUAUACAGUGGUACCUUGGAGGUCAGUUCUUAACCUGAAACUGUUCUUAACCUGAAGCACCACUUUAGCUAAUGGGGACUCCCGCUGCUGCCGCACCGCUGGAGCACAAUUUCUGUUCUCAUCCUGAAGCAAAGGUCUUAACCUGAAGCACUAUUUCUGGGUUAGCGGAGUCUGUAACCUGAAGCGUAUGUAACCUGAAGAGUAUGUAACUCCCUGCCUUUGUUACUCUGCUGGCUUCAUAAGACUGAGAAGGAAGGGGGGCUAAGUAAACCCACCCUUGCCUUGCCUGAGGCUGCAAUGUCUCAUUCUCAGGAUCAGACCACUCCCAAGCGUCUGACCCUGCUGGAUCCCCGACGCCAUGCCCCAUAUCUCUUAAGCUGAAGAUUUGUUUGUGUCUGGGGGAGGGGGGUGGGAGGUUGUAAUUUUGUUCAAUUUGUUUUUAUAUGCGAACCUAUUUAAUUUGCAGUUUGGGAAGCAAUUUGUGAACCCAAAGUCAGUCUCUGACACUCACAACACAGCACUCUAGAAAUGGAAUUUGCACGGUGCAUAAAAAGGCUUAUGUCAGUGAAUAUCGCAUGUACCAAUAUUGUAUGAAAGGGAAGAUUACUUUGCAAAAAUGGCAAGAUUGGAGGCAGCAGUGCUUCUGCUUAGCAGUCGCUAGAAACCCUGGGCGGAUAGAGAACUGAAGGUAAGUUUGACAUCCCUGCCUGUGACUCCUGGGAGUUGCAGUCUCACAGCAUGUAGAGCAGGGGUAAGCAAACUAAGGCCUGUGGGCCGGAUGCGGCCCAAUCACCUUCUCAAUCCGGCCCAUUGACGGUCUGGGAAUCAGCGUGUUUUUACAUGAGUAGAAUGUGUCCUUUUAUUUAAAAUGCAUCUCUAGGUUAUUUGUGGGGCAUAGGAAUUCGUUCAUUCCAUUCGGUCAGGUUGCUGACCCCUGAUGUAGAGCAAUGGAAGCCAAAGGUGUCAUCCUUCGGGUUCUGCUGUGACUUAUGUCCAUGCAUUUCAGUGGGUCUUCUGUGAAUGCAUCACCCCUGGGUUGUGAAACAGCUUCCUUUCGUUAAGUAUAUUUUCCACAUAAUUGCUUCCCAAUUUUGAAUUUCCUUCCCAACUUGCUAGCAUUCUACGAAGAUGUCUGCAGCAAGAUUGCCAAGGAGACUGAUUCAGUGGUUGUGUCUGUAGGGUAUGUAAAGACAACCCCAUGGCCUUUCAUAGGGAAAGUGUGUAGGGGCCCAGCAUGCUGCUGUAUUUCAGACUGGAAUCCCUUGCCAUAUUCCCUGAAGGAGAAAGAGACUUCCCAUGAAAGCUGUCAACAUUCUGUUCUAUGAUUGAAAAUCAGAGCUUCAUGUGCUUAAGACAUGAACACGCUCGCUUCCGUGGGGGGGGACUAUGAACUGGGCAUAAGGCCUUGCAAAGCACCGCUAACCAGGGCCUCCAGAUCAGCCUCAACUUGGAGACCACCCAACCCAGAUCCAGCCUGGAAUCAAUCAGGGAGUGGGGCUAAUGUUCAGUUAGGGCUUUUAAACAUAUAAUCAGGAAGAGACUGGGAAACGCCCCCUGCAUCUAAACAGAGGGACGAGGGAAAGUUGCAAGUGGCAAAUGGUCUUCCACCAGCUGGAUCCAAUCCUGCAGGGUUCCGCUUCCCCAGCGUUCCCUACACUCUUUUGCUAGCUGGUAAAGUCAGUUUUUUAAGGGCAUAAGCCAGCUGACUUUCACCUGCAUUAUAUCUGCUAUAACUGAUCCAGCAGGCUCUUCUUGUAAUUCUAUGUGAUCAUGAAUGUGUUUGGAAAAGAUUCUGGAAGUUUACCUCUUUGAUUCUGUUUUAUUCUACAGCUACCGCCUGUCUCCUCAGCAUCUUCCUCCCGCUCAGUACAAGGACUGCCUUGCUGCUACCAUACACUUAAUUCAAAAUGCAGCUUCCCAUGGGGUGGAUCCUUCCAAGAUCAUCGUUGGUGGGGACAGUGCAGGGGGCAAUUAUGCUUGUAUUGUUGCCCAGAAAUUGGUGGACAGAUCAGACCUUCCAAAGCUACGGGCUCAAGUGAUCAUCUAUCCUUAUACACAGGCUAUGGACCUCAACCUGCCUUCCUAUCAGCAGAACAGUUCAAUGCCCAUCCUGUUCCGGGAAAACGUUGCUUACUUUGGAUUGAAGUAUAUUGGAAAGGACCCUUCUUUGUUAGGCCAGGUCCUGAAGGGCUCUCAUGUGCCAGAUUCAAUGAGGCUGAAAUAUGGGAAGUGGUUGAGUCCAGACAACCUUCCAGAGAGAUUUAAGGGGAGAGGCUACAAACAAGUCCCACUUGCUCCUUAUGAACCUGAAGUCUAUAGGCAAUUGUCAGAGACAUUAGAAGCCGAUUUUUCUUGCCUUUUUGCUGAGGACUCUGUCAUCCAGAAGCUUCCUGAAACCCUAAUUGUGAGCUGCGAGUACGAUGUAGUACGAGAUGACGCACUGCUGUACAAGAAACGUCUGGAGGACAAUGGGGUGAAAGUCAGCUGGUUCCAUGUUGAGAACGGGUUUCAUGGGAUGAUAAACUUCUUCAAAGGAUGCAUCUUUGCAUUCCCUGGUGCAGUUGAAUUAAUGGACAGCAUCGUAGACUUUGUCAAAAACUUAUGA